GUUUAGAUGGAAACGCUCCGUUAAGGCCGUGGUCCGAACUCGCGCCAGUCCAGUGAUCGAGUGGGUGUAGGGUUUGGAGUAGCAAUGUCGUGGAGCGCUGCGAGGUCCGUGGGAGCGCCGGCUAUCGACCUGCGAUCGCUGCGCGCUCGGGCCCCGGUCGCCGUGGGUCUCUGCUGCGUCUCCCUCGCCAGCUCCCGCCUCUGGACGUCCCGCUUCAAGCCCUUCGCCUGCGUCAACGCGGCCCUCUCCACCAACCCUACGUCCGCCGCCGCCGAUAAAAAGGAAGCUGUGCGAACAGAAAAGGCGCCUGCAGCAUUGGGGCCAUAUUCUCAGGCUAUCAAAGCCAAUAACCUUGUUUUUGUCUCUGGUGUUUUAGGUCUUGUUCCUGAGACUGGAAAAUUUGUCUCUGAUACCAUUGAGGAACAGACAGAGCAGGUUUUAAAGAAUAUGGGGGAAAUAUUAAAAGCGAGUGGUGCUAGCUACUCUUCAGUUGUUAAGACAACAAUCAUGUUAGCAGACCUAAAGGAUUUCAAAACUGUCAAUGAGAUAUACUCUAAAUAUUUCUCAUCUCCUGCCCCAGCGCGCUCCACUUACCAAGUAGCAGCAUUACCCAUGAAUGCCAGGAUUGAGAUUGAGUGCAUUGCUGCUCUGUAGUGCUCCUUUCUGUGUCAAACUUGCUUAGCACUAUAUUGAAGCUUCAGUGAAUAAUGUAGCGGUGGGAUAUUUUGUCCUUGUAUUGGAAUCCAAAUUCCCGUAAACCUUUAGUAAACCUUUAGUUUGUUAUUUUCUCUUCAGCGAUAAUUGGACCAAGAAAUUGCUAAGGCAUGUCUUAUGGAGGAUUGUACAUUUCUGCU